AUGGAGGCGAGCGGCAGUCGGGGCCGGAGCGGGAGCGCGGUCCCCAAGCGCCGCAGAGGCGUCGGCGCGGCUACUGGCUCCGAGUCGACGGCGCAGUCGCUGAACGACGACACCCUCCGGUCCGUCUUCUCCCGGCUGGACAACCACUUCGACCUCGCUCGCUGCUCCGCCGUGUGCGGCUCAUGUUCUAUCUUCUUUGGAGUGGGGAAAAGACUAAUUUUGAUGGUAAAAGGGGUACCAUUUUCACCAGGAAGCUGGGUAAUUUUAGUGGAAUUAUUUGCUACUCAUCAUAGACGGAGGGCUACCUUGUGCCGUAUGAAGGGUGGUUCAAUUUUAACUGGAGUUGGAGAUAAGAUUCUCCGACUUUGGUCUGCUGAAAGCUGCAAAUUUAUGAAUGAAUACAAUGUGCCAAAUUCUAAAACAUUAGUCGACUUCGAUUUUGAUGAAAAUAAGAUUGUAGGUUUAACUAGCUCCCAGAUUUGCAUAUGGAGACGCAGUGAACCAAGAAGCAUAUUUCAAUCUGGUGGAGCCUCAUUCAAUCAUGGGUUAUGCAUGAGUUAUGCUGAUCCAGAGGUUGUAAUUGGUUGUGAGGAUGGUCGAGCCUUUGUAUAUGAUAUGUACAGCAGGAGUUGCUCAAGCAUUUAUCGGCUUCAUUCCUCUCCUGUGACAUGCUUGGCAUUAACAGAUGACCAGCUGAUUGUUGGUGGUUCGACAUUUGGAACUGUAGCUAUCGCAGAUCAAACCUCAGGGCAGAAGUUAGGUGUUCUGAAAUCAGCUUAUGCACCAUUGGCAAUAAGAUCCUUAUCUUUCUGCACAAAUUCACACAUGAUAUUUGCUGGGUCAUCGGCUGGUUAUGCUCAUUGCUGGGACUUAAGGACUUUGAGGCCUCUCUGGGAAAAAAGAGUCAGUCCAAACGUCAUCUACAGCACAUGUCAUUUGCCUGGUGACACGGCAACGCUGGUAGUUGGAGGCAUCGACGGCGUGCUUCGUGUUAUGUGCCAAAGAACCGGUGAAACCAUUCGAUGUCUUGUCGUGGACGCUGACCGCCCAGCAGAAGCCGCAUCUAGAUCUAGGCAGCAAAUAGAGAAGAAACCUGUUCGCAGGAUUGACCCUGAUGCACAGGUUGACAGCAUCCCGAGACGCUUGCGCCCUCAGAUUACCAGCCUGUCGGUUGGUAUGAAGAAGAUUGUGACCACGCAUGGCGAAAACUACAUCCGGGUUUGGAAGUUUCGCCCGAAAAGCUCGUGA